GCUGAGGAGGGGGCUGGCCGGGUGAUUAUAAACUCUGGGGGAGAAACUUGGUUUAGAACCAUUGCUCGGAAGCUGACAGCCACAUCCACUCCCUGAGAUAAUAGAGGUUUGUGCCCAGCCGAAGCAUGGUUUCAACGUUGCCAAUCCUGUUGCUACUAACGGGGCUCACUCUGGGACCCAGUCAAGGUUCCACCCCGGAGAUUUGCCGGGGUUUCUACUGCUACAGAGGUGCUAGCUCUGAGCGGGGCUGGCCGUGCCCCGGGGCUCACUGCCAGGGCAGAUCAUUCAGACCAUCCCGGGGCAACUCGGCCAACAUUCAGGACAGGGGGAGCCUGGCGUCCAGGGGCUAUCAGAGAACGGGCGGCGGAGGGACGCCAGCUUCCAGAUCCCCCACCGACCCCAACAUCAUCAGCCAUGCCGUGAGAAAGCAGGAGAACGCCGGCGACCCUCCUCCUGCCAACGGGGGGCUUUGCCCGGGGGGAGAGUGCCCGGGCAGACCGCCCACCUCCAACGAGACGAAGGAAUGCCGAGGCAUCGAGUGCAGGUUACCCCUGAGGAGCCGCCUGAAGCCCAAAGGCCGAGCUCAAUGUGCCGGAGGUGGAGGGUACUGCCCUCCUGGUCCGGUUCAAGUAGAGGCAGAAGUGCUUGGACAGUCCAGCCCCGUGCACAUGCCUGACCGAGCCGCUCAGUACGUUGGAGAAAUUCCUGACCUCAGCUAUUCAACCACAGAGCUCGGAGGAGCAGCUUUGGGAGUUCAGCUAACAUGUGACAUAAAGCCAGGCGACAAUGAGGUGCCGUCUGAAGAUGCCUUGAUCUUGCAGCUCCAGCUAUCGAAGGGACAAGAGAAAUUCGUGGAAAUGCUGAAGAGUCAGCAGAAAACGAUCACUGAUUUGCAGCAGAGGCUUACUGAGCAACAAGCCAUGUUGAUAAACCAGCAAAGGGAAAUUCUGGCACAGCAGAGGAACAUGUUUGAACAGAUGGAGCUGGUGAAAGUCCAGUACUCAAUGCUCUUUGAUACCAUUAAGCAGACAUCACUUUCGAACGUGCAGGCCGAGGUCCGGAACCAGUUUGAGUCUCAACUUCAGGGUUUGCAGAGUCACAUACAGAGUCAACUGCAAAAGACCUAUGCUGUGCACAAAGUGGACUUGGAUGCAAAGGUGAUUGAUAUCACUGAUCACCUUCUGGAGUGUAAUUUGUGCCAACAUGACGAAUACUGUGAUUUCCAGAAGAUGCCGCCCCAGUGUGAAAGGUGUACCAUGUGCCCGGCCGGGUUUUUCCAGGUGGCUGAAUGUUCUGCCACAGCCGACCGAAUUUGUCAGGACAAAGAUGAGUGUCUGGAGUCAGCUGAUCUUUGUGGCGAUCAGAUAAAAUGUCUUAACACUCCAGGUGGAUUCCGGUGUCUGGGCAUUGCUGACUGGGAUGCAGCCUCAGGAUUUUGUGGGCAUGACUACUUCUUCAAUAAAGAAAUGCAAGAAUGCCAGGCCUGUUCAUUGUGUCAUGAAGGCAUGGUAGCUUUCCAGUGCUCCCUGCAGAGUGAUACUGUUUGCAUCCAGUCACCUGAAAAUCAUCUCUCGGAAUCAUGGUCGACAAACACCGAAGCUCCGUCGCUAAAAUCCGGACAAAGCACAGUUCACUUGGGCUUGAAACUCCCCUUAAAGGGAAAGCCCCAGACUGGCCUGGUUACCAGUGAGGACGGCAGGCUGGUCUUCAGGCAGCACGGACUGAUCUGGAUUGAUUACAAUUUUGCUGUCAGACACGACUGCAGGAACUUUCUCCAAGUUUCAUUAAGACUGAACAAGGAGGAAGAGGAGGAGAAAGGUUGUGAUCUCAGUGGUGUCCGUGUUGAACAACCCGAGGGGAAAUACUAUCAAAGCAGCAGUGUGAGUGGCUCAGCUGAGGUGGAGCCGAGCCACAUGCUCCAAAUCUUCAUGAAAAGCCCCAAUCAGUUCUGCAACCAAAGCAAUGACCUUAACUUCUAUCCCCUUCAGAACCCAUUCAGUUUUUUCUGGUUAUCACAUGACACAGGAGCAGUGGCCAUGAGUGCACACAUGGCAAGCUCUGUUCACUACCAGACCAACUAUCGGCCUGUCUUCAAGGUCAUUUCCAUCUCGGAUCCCUACAUGAUCACUUUGUUCCACGAUGGCAGGGCUGUGAGAUUUACUGAGCAAGGGGUCAUAAAAUUUGUGUAUCACCAGGCUCUAUAUGCAAUGGGUCACACGUGCAUUUGUGAAGGCUUUACAUUACUUUCCUAUAUUAACAGGAAUGGGACGAAUGAAGAGUUAAUGCAAGUUUAUAAAUCUGGUGUCAACUACCGGGAUACUUCCAUUUCUGCCUCUGGAGCUGCUAUGGUAAAUGGCGGAGACACCAUCAGCUUUCAGAUCCACUCUCCUGCACAAUGCAGUGUGCGUUACUUUGGUGACUCUUCUGGGAUCAGUGUUUUCAGCCUGAUUUGGAUCCCUUCAGCAAUUUCAUCAGCUCUUUCCCUUUCAGUUUCGGCAUCUGCAUUACCGACAGGAGCAGUGAGGAAUAAGUUGCUCAGCUUCCAGGGUGUUUCGCCAGUGGUAGAACAGAAUCAGAUUGUGCUGGUGACUUCUGGGCAGUUUGCAUGCAAGUAUGUCCUGUUCCGGCAGAGUGGAGUGGCCAGCCUUGCAUUCAAUAUCAAACUGAUUCAUUCUUGUGAUAUCGUCAAAGUCACUCUGAACCAAUUACAGAACAACCACGUUCAGCCAUCCGUUGUUUCACGCCAAAUUGGGGGUCAGAUGCCUGCAGGUAGCCAAUGGACUAGCAUCGGUCUGAGUGCUUCAUUUGCUGUUCAGAAUGGCACAAUGGCUGCCAUUUCCCUGGACUGUGUGCGAGGACGGAUUAAUCAGAUUUCACACAGGCAUGGGACUCACCUUUCUGUUUUAUGGAUUUCAUCCUGA